AUGAGUAACAUAUGUACUGCUUUUUCAGACAACUCAGUUACACAAUCCGGAUCAGGCGGUGAACUUGGUCAAGAUGUUGUGUGUAUUCAAUCCACGGAUGCGUUCAAUCCCACUAGAGUGGUUUCAGUGCCUAAUUUGAUAUUCACUUGUGCUCCUACAUUUUUAUUAGAGGGUCUAGCAAAUGGUGUUAAGGGUAUUGCAGGGCUAGGCAGGAGUAAAAUUUCACUCCCUGCACAAUUCUCUCCUGCUUUUAGCUUUGACAGGAAAUUCGCAGUUUGCUUGACUUCUUCAAUAAGAGCCAGUGGUGUUGUGUUUUUUGGAGAUGGUCCUUACGUUAUGCGUCCAAACAUUGAUGUCUCUAAAAAUCUGAUUUACACACCACUGAUUCUCAACCCUGUUAGUACAGCCAAUGCUUAUGUUCAAGGCGAACCGUCCGCGGAUUACUUCAUUGGAGUCAAAUCAAUCAAGAUCAAUGGAAAAGUUGUGAACUUGAACACAACCCUGUUGUCAAUUAACAAGGAAGGAUUCGGUGGAACCAAAAUCAGUAGUGUUCAUCCAUACACAGUCAUGGUGUCUACAAUCUACAAUGCUGUUUUUAAUCCUUUUGUGAGGGAGCUAUCAAAUGUGAGUAGAGUGGCAGCAGUGGCUCCUUUUGGGGCAUGUUUUAAUGGUAAGGAGAUUGGUGUCACCCGUGUUGGCCCUGCUGUGCCACAAAUUGAUCUUGUGUUGCAGAGUGAGAGUGUGUACUGGAGGAUCUUCGGUGGGAAUUCAAUGGUGCAGGUGAGCAAUGAUGUGUUGUGCUUGGGGUUCGUCGAUGGAGGUGUUAAUCCAAGGACUUCUAUUGUCAUUGGAGGGCAUCAAAUUGAAGACAAUCUUCUGCAAUUCGAUAUUGCUACUUCAAGGCUUGGCUUCAGCUCUUCGCUUUUGUUUCGACGAACUACUUGUGCCAACUUCAACUUCACUUCCAAGCUCUAGAUGAUCAAGACCUUCAUAUCAUCAAUAAUAAAUUAUUGGAUUAAUAAUUAAUGGUCCUAUUAAUUAUUGAGGACCCACCAUUGUGUAUUUAGGUAAAUUUCAAUCCAAAUUUUUAAUUAUUACG